GUGCGUGAAUCGAGUUCGAGUACCAGCUUUUCCGAAUGGCUGCGAACAAAAGUCGCGAAUUGAUUCGCAUGUGUCGCUAGAAGUGCUUUUUCAGGUGCGAUAAUCGUUCGUUCAUAAGUAGUGUUGCGUAUUGUGCAUGCUUUCGGGUGAAAAAUUUGCGUUUGAAAAACCGAGAAGUGCCUCAAAAUUUUCCCUGUGGUGAAGCAGUAGAGAAGAAAAAAAAAAGGUUGAAGUGUCGCACACGAACACAUCGAUGUGCAGUUCUCAUCAUUACAAGAGCAGUGUGCCUUAUUAUACCUAUACCAGCGAAGCUAACCAUCAUCAUUGUCGGUCGGCGGAAUAAUAGCAGCAGCAGCAGCGGUAGAAACAGCUAAAAGGGAACCGAACCGAUAGAAGCCCACAGCCAACCAAACCAAGGCGGCUGACUGUCAUCAAUAGGCAGCAUCGGUCGGUCGGUCGGUCGGAUCGGAUCGGAGUAGGAAGGAAGCACAGUAUUCGCUGUUUUUAGAGGAGACGGUACGGUGCACACGGGAAGAGGCUCGGUUGCGGCGGCAGCGGCAACAGCAGCAGCAGAGAGAUACUCCCCGACAUCGUCAUCGUCGUCAUCGGUUUUGGCGAGGAGGGACCACCACCGUCGACGAGGACCACAACUGCUGCUAACACACACACUCUCUCUCUCUCUCGGAUGGCCUGCUGCUGGCAUACGGCCAACGUCCGACGUCGUCGCAGCGGAGACAGACAAGUACUUGCAUCGGUGAGACGCGAACCCGUUGCUUUUUAGGCUGCGGCAGCUUUUCGACAACCGCCGGCCGUCACAAAAGCAGCACCAGCACCGCCCAGAGGAGAAGGGGAAGUGAAAAUGUAAUUGUUUUCGUUGCGCGAUGAGUACCGCAAAGUGUUAGAGAUUGGUGACCCCUGUGGGAAGAAUCGAAGCUAGCGCUAGCUACCAAGCUAGCCAGCCAGAACUGAGGGGGGAAGAGCCAGCCAGCCUGCUUGCUUGCUUGCGUGUGUUUUCUGUACAAUGAAACUGGUGUGUCGCGAUCGAUUUUCCUACGAAGACGAAGACGCAACCGGGCAAGAUCGACAACGACAACGGCGACGACGACGACGAUUGGCAGCGAGAUUCGACGGUGAGAAUGAUGCCCUUGCCAUCCGCGAACGUUGGUCAUCUGCAUCUACUUCCUACCCGUUGUCGUUUACGGCCAGUUUCCCCUGCUGGCAGUGUUACAUUCAGGCAAAACACAACUUUCAUCACCAACAGCAACAUCAGCAACAACCAUCAGAGCAGCAGGUCUUCUAUCGCCAUCCCACGGAGCACUGUAAGCAAUGGAAUGCCGCUGAACGGUCAUCGAUUGGUUCUGUCCACCACGCCUGCUGUCCCCGUGACUGUCACACUAGCGCCGGUUAUAAACUUCCAGUGGACCAGUCCCGCUUCUACCGCCGCUAAGCUGCUGCCCCGAGAUUCGGCUCUAAAGUCUGCUGACACUGUUCCUUCGCGAGAAUCGACCGCAACAGCAUCCGCCGCACCGUCCGUUUCCAGACGUUCGAAGGAGAACGACAGUCACUGCCAUCAGACACCCGUCGUCAGAUCGAACGUCAGCAGCUGUACAGGUGAAUGAAACCUACCCGGCCGGAGUUCCGUCAUCCGUGCUACGACAGUCAUCUGCAGCAGAGCAGCAGUACCAGCAGCAUAACUUACCGCUGGUUUCUUCUCUUCCACAGUACCAUCAGCAGCAGCAGCAGCAGAGUUCAGUGAAAUCACAUUCUGUCAGUGCAAGUGCAACAACGAAUAGUUUAGUUAAAUCACCCUCCCCAACCACAUAGAUAACAUCAUCCACUAAGACGAAAAGUUACACGAAAAUAAUAAUAGUUUAUUACACUGCCUGUGUCGUACAAUAAUCGCUAGUGCCGCAACAGCAGAAGCAGAAGAAAAAGAAGAAAAGUUCGAAAAAAAAGCGAGCAAAAGACUCGUCAGUGAAGCACAUUUUUGGAAAAGAAAAAAAAAUAAGCGAAAAAAAGUAUCCCGUGUGAAGGGCUGGGAGAAAGACUCCCCCGACUGGCUAAUAAGAAGACGAGACCAGCAGAAGACGACGACGAAAAAGAAGAAGAAGCAAAGUUAAAAAAAAGUUAAAGUGAAAAGUUUUGCGCCGAAAGGCACGCAGAGAAUAACCGAGUGUGUUGUUGUUGUUGUUGUUGAAGUUAAUUUUUUUUUCUUUUCGCCACACACUGAGUGAGUGUUGUUCUCCUCCUCCCCAUAGCCGACCGUGUACCGUGUACCGACCCGUACCGUGCCGUGCCGUGCCGUGCCGUAGGUACGUGAGAGUUAAGAAAGAAACCGAAUCACCGCACACACACACCCAAACAAACACAAACACACACACAGGUACAGUCCCAGAAGCAGACCGGAGAAGAACAAAAAUAAAGAAUAAGUGAGCAUAAAGAAGACGAAGACGACGAAAGCCAACCUUUUUUUCAUUCAGAGCAAUGAAUAGAAAUAUAGUAAAAUUCUAUGCAAUACUAUUCAUCAUGCUGUCAUCAGUUGUGUUAAUCACAGACUGCUGUUCGAGCAGAUCCAUGCCGAAAUCCCGCCCCCGGCCGGUUUCGCACUUUCGUGGUGUGAUAACGACAUCGUCGGCGAAGAUCACCACCACAAAUGGCAAUGGCGAUUCUACCACGUUCACCCUGAUAACAACCAAGACGACUUCGACGACGGUCAGCGAGUCGCAGUCGGAGACGACCUCGACGGUGACGGAUCCGCGCAGCGGUCCCGGACCCGGUCCUGGAGGCGGAGGCGGAGGCGGCGGCGGUGGUAGUGGCAGCGCGAAAAGCAGCAGCCCCACCAGUAGCAACAACAGUAACAACAACAACAAGGACCAGCUGAUGCGCAUGGGUAAGUGCUCGCUGCUGUUCGAGGAAAACUACUGCCUGAACGGUGGCAAGUGCUACAACUUUACGAUUGCCAACUCUACGAUGCCCACGUGCGAAUGUGCCGACGGAUUCAUGGGUGAACGGUGCGAGUCAAAGUACUUGGAUGGGACUUACCUAAGCAUGCGUAAGUCCAAGAUACACAUCGAGACGGCCAGCAUCUACUACGGGGCGGCACUGGCACUGAUAGUGGUGCUUAUUUUGCUAUAUUUCCUACACUGUUUCCAGUCCACGUCGGCGGUGGGCUCCUCCGCGUCCUCCGUGGCGGGAAGCAGCACCAAGCUGCUGAGAAAGAGCAAAAAGGUGGUGAGUUAGCAAACUUCCUCCUGAUUACUGAUAAAGUACACCGAGCCAGGUCGUAUUUCGUUUCGUUGUUUUGUUCAUGUUGGAUAUAGGGUAGGAGUUUAAGGGAUCGAACGAUCCGAAGACGACGAUAAAUUAUGGACAAAUUUAGACAGCUUACACACAAACACACACGUUAUGGCAUGCAAUGCGCAAAAUAGGAGACGAGUUCCACCUUAUCACAGGAGGGUAAUUAUAAAUAAUUCUGCCUUCGGCGUCCUGCGCUCAGGAGCAGGAGCUGCCAGGGCAGAAUGCGCGAAAUUGCAAACAAACUAAUAAUAAUCGAAAGAGAAUCCCAACGCGUGCGUCCGUGAUCCGUGAUCGGCCGUUCGAGUUUCCAGCGUGCCAACUGACUGUGUUGUUAUUUUUUUGUUGCAUGCAGGUUGUGCAUGGGUAUGAAGCCGAAGUAUGACGGGACCGCUGGAAACUCGGAUACCGUCCGCGGCAGCCGGAACCACACCGCGUAGAGUGGUUGUGGUCUCGGUGGCGGCAGCUUGUUUGCGCUGGAAUAGCAAACAAAAGUCGCGCGCACUCGUUGGACCCCGCGAAACAAGAUAAGAAGAUCGAAUCGAAACAGUGACAAAAGAAUACUGCAUUAAUUUAUUGCUUAUCCUUUAUAUUUUCUUCCUUUAAGAAGUAUUUCCCAAGUGUAAAAAGUAGUUGUUCUAAGAAGAAGCAUAGUGUUUAAGGGAAAGUGAGGUUAGUAGGUUUAAGAGAUGGGAAAAAGUGUAGGUAGCCGUUAACGAGUAAGAACAAAAAUCAAUGCCUUUAACGAAAACAUAAGAAAAGCUAUAACAAUACAAAGAGCAAAUAUAACACAAAGCAAUAAUAGUAACGAACAUACAAGCCAACAAACAAUAGAACAAAACGAGUCAACAGUAAAAAUCCGGUUUCCUGUUUUGCCAAGAAAACAAUUACACCUCAGAAAUAAUAGACAAACAAUCGAUAUCAUUCAUUACAUACCCACACACACUCACAUUCACAUCCAUUUGCCCCCGAGCACGAACUACUAACGAGAGCCAAAGAGUACGUUUUAGUACUUUUAGAAUUUGUAAGCAGCAACAGAAGCAAACAGCUUAGGGAUUUUUUUUUUGUUCUGUUUAAUAAUUAUUAGUUUUCUUGUUUACGUACGCAAACGCCAGAUAUUAUUAUAUGCGCAUACCUUAAUAGUAAUCUCAUUGCGCGCAUGCGCGACGCAAGCAAAAAAGAAAAGAAAAGAACACAACAACAGCAGCAGCAGGUCGCUUAAUAUUUCUGAAUAAAGCAAACUCCAUCAAAACGGGGAAGCGCGCGCGCCCGCUGGCUGGUGGGGUCAGUUAGUUCUCAAUAUCUGCGGGCUAUAAUGGGCAGAAGAAGACGCGAGGCGCGCAUUUGGGGAGUCUUUGCGAUCUGGCGCAAGAACCGCGCGCUCGGAUCGUUUGGAUACAAGGAUGGAGAGAUUUGGAUAACAGUUCGAUCUGGGUGGAGUAAGUCUUUGACUGGUUUGUUUGUUGGAAAUGAAAAAAGGCAGUUAACAACACGGAUUUUCAACAAUUCUUUGCCUAUUUUAUAAGAUUCUUUGCUGGUUAAUGUGCAUAUUUCUGGAAAUGGAACUGUUUUUAAUGUCUAACAUUUACAUAAUCUCGAUUAGCUAGGUCGUCCAAUGAGGUAUUGAGCGGUAGUGAUUACGUACGAGUUAUUCAACAGAAUUUAGAUUUAGUACUGCUUCCAUCUCCGGCCAAAUGAUGGAUCAAUUCCUUCAAAAGUUAGUCGCCUAUUGCCAGUUACCCAUUUGAGAUUAGUUUUGGUGGACUUCACUGCCGGUUCCCACGAACCGUCAAAUUUAGGAGUACCUGGUAGUGUAAAAUACCAUUAUUACGAUUUUUUUGGCUUUGAAAUUGCAAAAACAUUAGCCAUAGCUAAUGAUGAGCACUGCGAAUAGCUCUUCGAUCGAUGAAUCGUUUACGAAACGCUCUCCGAACUUCGUCGGCCUAUGGAAAGCCACCGUGUGAAACACGGCACGGCAGAAUUGUGCUUUACAAGGAUGGUUUAGGGACACUCUGCUGGUCUAGUUCGGAAGUUAUCUAAACUCUAGGCCACUCACCCAACUGACUGCUGAUUCUGAAGACCUUGAAGUGCUCACUCCAAGUCAGUUAUGGGUGGCGAUGAAAAAAACUACAAAAUAUAGUUCUUGAAUCCUACGUUUAUUAAGGCUUUUACAAAAAUGCCGGGCGGUCUGCCGGCAGUUAGACGAAACCUUAUCCAUGGUCGAUGAAAAAAUAGAUGUUUGUGGCCUUAGCGAUCAAUUACUUCUCCCUUUUGGCCACAAAAUCGGUGGAGUAGAGGUUCGCCCAAAAAGUUUCUAUCGGUCGCAGCUGGGGAACGUCGGGAGGGUUGGCGGUCUUCAGUACAACGUCCCCCUUCUGCCGGUCCAUUUCCUCCAGUGAUCUCUAGGCAUAAUGAGUGUAGACCAGAUCCGGUCAGAACACCACAUCCUCGUUCGCGUGAUACUUCCUGAUGAAAAGGGCAACUUACGGUAGGGUACUUCGUACCCCUUUGCAUCUCCCCUUAUCGUUGAUCGUCAGUCACAGACAUUUUGCGGAGACUUGACGGGGGACGUAAAAUAGCCGGUCCUCUGCCAGUCGUUGCCGUCCAGCGUCAACUAGGUCUCGUCAUCCAUUAUGACCUUGACGCCGCUUUUCGCCGGAAAGCUGUUUUUUACUGGCAACUUCAGCCGCUACUUCUGGGUGAUUGCCUGCUGCUCGGACACGGUCGGCCUCGACAGUCGCUUCAGCAUAAAAAUAUCCAUUUUAGCCAGGUCGUUUGGUCGGUUACUCGGACCUCCGAACCACCUCAUGGCGCAAAACGUUGCAGCACCGUCGAGCGGCCAGAAUCAGGUUUUCGUUCGACGCUAUAAUACUUCUCCAGAAGUGAGAGGAUAUUGUAAAUACCAGAUCGACUAUAUUUGGCGUCCAACUUCUUUGCUCCGGGGUGGAAUCGGCUGUACGAACAAAGCAUCGAGCGUAGUUGCUUGACUGUUUUUGCCAUGGUUGCUGCAUAUCAACUAAUACCGAUGACGUAACCCUUGCUUGAUUGAAAAAGAAACUCCAGAUUGCGCAAUAAGCCUCGCUGCCGGUAGAUUCCCCGUCGGAUCUUUCAUCGCCAGGAUCGCCCCCGAAAGCAUCUGAAACACCUUCGUGUACAACAACUAGAAAUGCUAUAUUGUUUAACUACGGGUUCUAGAGACUAAACUCAAUAAAGUUGAACAGAUGAAAGACCUUUUAAUCGUUGUUGCCGAAAAACUGGCUAAAGCCUCAUAUCUCUCCAGUCAUCCAGAAAGCAAAUCGCAAACUUGGGAUUAUUUGCUAGAGAAUUUAAUGAUCUGCUUCAAAGCCCUCUACUGUUCCAUCGUUCGGUCUACCCGGACGAACCAAAAAAAAUUUGCACAGAAACUCUGGGAUUCCUCGCAUAGGAAUUGUGUGGUGGAAUCCUACAUAAGAUUCCUAUAGAAUGCCGUGCCUAUAGAACCGGGAUUCUCAUAUGAGAUUCCAACAGGUGAAUCCUUAGGAUUCCUUAAACUUGGCAAGGGAAUUCCCCUCACAAUGUAAUCGGAUUCCUCUUUCUUAAUCUGUACUAACAUUUUUUAUCAGCUUUUGUUUCAAAUUUUGGAUUUGGAGAGAUUUGGACUAGAUACUGGUACGGAGAGAAGAUUCUGGACCACAUUGUUUAUUAGAUUUUGGACCAGGUAUUGAACCACAUUCUGGACCGAAGCCAGAUUUUGGACCGCAUUUUUGAUGAGUACUUUACUCAGGUUCAGGCCAUUUUUUGGUGUCUUCUAGGGCUCUUGGCGUGGGUCAGUCUGGUCAACUACACACUACGGCGCUGUAUGUUAGUUAGUAAGUACACUGGAACUCGCCAAUAUUGUAUGAUUCCCUCAAGCAAGCUUUUGGGUUAUGCUUCUAGACAGCGUACAGCGUACGUCCAUAUGAAGAUCAUUGUUAGUUCCUGGGGAUCGAAACAUUGGCCAAAAGGAGACAUAUGUCACAAGCAAUAAUGGUUUGUGAUCUGCUGAAACUUGUCCGAAGGAUUAUGUAAUUUAUAAAAAGUGGUUUUUGACCUACUUCAUUUCACAUUUCCCACAAGCCACCGGAAUGUGGCACUCGUGGACUCCUUGAGGAACAGAAACUUGGCUGUCUUUUUUUGACGACUAAAUCUCUUUCUGAGAACGCUGUGGUGGUCCUUCCAGGAUUUCAUGUCUGGGCUCGAGCGUAGUCUUUACCAAGGCUAUUUCUUGUUCCAUUUGCUUCUGAAUGGAAGGGUAGACAAAUGUUCCUGCAUUGCCACUAGGGAGAACCUCGCCAUAUAUCGACCAUCGACGAGCAAGAAACCAGUUGACCACGAUCCUGACAUCCUGAGGAGUAAAAAGUGCCAAAAGGACGAUCUUCGUCGUCCGUGAAGAGUUAGAACAACCUUACCUGUGUAGAGACGAGAAAGGGAAUCUAAAGACAAACGAGCCCACAAGCCACCGAAAUGUGGCACUCGGAGAGGAAUGAAAUUUUUAUUCGAUUUCCUUGGGUAACAGUAACUUAACUGUCUUUAUUUGGGUAAACCGCCUAAACCGGAGUAAUUCAUUUGGGCCUUCGGUGAAAUUAGUUGUAUUGUCUGGCCCCAAAUGCAAUGCAUUGCACUAGACCUCUGCGGCUACCAACCUAAGGCUGCCAGAAAGGCCGAAUCGGCGCACCGUGGAAUGAAACCCAAAUCUAGGUGGACACAAGUAAUUACGCUAUUUCUCACGAAUCAUGCCUUCUGAGCACUUUCACACGCAUGGAAAACGCACAUUUUGUUUGAAGGAAUCAAGUUGCUAUCUCCUUCGGUUCCGAAGCUGCAGGCAUUUUUUCUAAAAAAUAUGCUUUUUUUCAAAUAUCAAUAACGUAAAAACUGCUCAAAAGCAGUAAAUCAAAUUUUGUAUAAAUGUUUAGUGAUGUAUUGACCUGCGAAAUUAAUUGAUAUCACAUCGAUCCAGGUCGGCCCUUUUUUGCUAGACCGUAUUGAAUAUUGAAGUAAAAAUUCCCAUUUUACUUACCAAAAUCACAAUUUUUACGUAAAUUGAGUGGAUUAAAAAACGAAAAUAAGUCUAAAUGCUUGUUUUUAUCUUUAUUAUCUCUAUUCAGCUUCAGAAAGUAGCUCAGGUCAAUUGAACGGUUGAUUGUAAAGUUCAAUUCAAAUGGGUUUUGACGCUCUUCAUCCAAUGUUCCCACAAGCCACCGAAAUUGGCACUCGAAGAGGAAUGAAAUUAUUCGAUUUCUUGUGUAACAGAAACUCGGUUAUCUGUAUUUAGCUAGAUCGCUUUAGACGUAGUAAUUCAUUUGAGGCCUUAGCGAAAUUGGUUGUGAAUAUUGUCAGGUCCGAAUGCUUUCACUAGACCUCUGCGACUGACAAUCCAAGGCUGCCAGAAAGAACGGCAGAACAAAGGGAUGAAAUAAGAGAUCUCGACUGCCGACGAUUACCCGCCAUGGCUUUCACCUGUCGGCAGGACAGGCUCUGGUCAACAGACCGGAUGUCGCUGGCUAAGCUGCGUCGCUAUGAAUCUCGGGGUCUGCUUCUUCUACGUUGCCCUUGCGGGUUCCAGUCGAGUGCUUCUCUGCAGAUCCGCUUCUUUCCUCAAAGUGCAUCCGAUCUACUAACACCUACGUCCUCGAAUUUCAGCAGUUAUCGUCAGUUGAUAACAUCGAUGAUGGAGUUCCUCGUUGGAUAUCCAGUUAUGUAUGUCCGAUGAUGUAUCGGACAUCGUAUGACGAUGUCCAGACUGUACCCUUUCCUUAGAAGCAAGUUAUUUAGCGGAUCAAUCGAUAACUGCGUGCAUAGAGAACAGAGCGUUGAUUUUAAUCAUCCAACGGGUGACAACGUCUUAAGGCGGUCUCCGCUUUUGAAGUCCCAAAGCCACAUUUUUUUCGAUCGACGAUAUGAAAAAAGUAUUCGAUACUUUCCGAUCAAAAUAAAUAAAUAUCUCUACCACUUCAAAUUAUUCAAUAUCCAGCUCCACAGCAGCGGCAACUCUGGUAGAUAUCGCAUUUUUCCUAAUAGCUUCUAUGAGUUUUUGGUGGAGUUAAGAGACCUUUCAAAGACCAUAUCGUUGUAGAGUCAUUUACAAAACUAUGAAACUGCAUAUCUCCUGAAAUGGUAUCAUUUCUUUGCAUUUCAUUUGCUCGUAGUUUCACACUUUUAAAAGCAAUAUUGAACGAUCUCACCCGUAAUUCGUACACCUGAUCUUGAUUCCUCCAAGGUCGGAAUCGGCCUAACGCGUCGGGCACUUGCGUUCUCAAGCAUAUAUGCAAUAACUCACUUCGACUAUCUGAAUCAUGCGCUGCCUUAAAAUUCACAAACAGAUGAUAAGCCUGUAAGUUACAUUCCCGGCGGGCACGCGAUUUCUGGCCUGGUCCUGAUUUUGAAUAGUUGGUUACCGUAGUAUAACAUGUGACUACAUUCCCACCCUCCUUUCCCCAAUUUGUGAAUGGUCCCUUACUAGCUACAGUUCCGAUAAAAGUUUUUAGAGUGAUAUACUCCUUGAAUCUCCAUAUUGAUAUGAAUCUCCAUCCUGUAUUCUGAUCAGGAUAAAUUUGGUCGGACGAUAGCUUAACGAAUGGUGACUCAUUUGGAUAUCCUGACUAUCCUUAUAUUCACCAUCAAACAUUUUUGCUUAAGAGUAACUUAUUCGGCUAUUGAAGCGCGUGUAACAAGCGCAUGAAAAGCUGUUAUAUAACAAAAAAGUCCCUUGAGUCUUUUCUUUAAAAUCUUGAGUUGUAGGUAUUUAGUUCAGAAACAAUCAAAAUAUCUAUUCUUUAAACUGUCACUAUUUUUCCUUUAGCUCAGUCAAAAUACAGCAGAAAAAUCGAUGGAAAUUGUAACCCUUCAAUCCAAGUAAACUGGGCAGUGUUUUGACAUUUCAUACAACAGAACUAUAGCAACGCAGAGUCAACAAAUGGAAACUCCCUUAGUCGAAUUGUUAUCCAAAACCUUCCAACCGAGAGCAGCAGAGAGAAAACCACAUCGUAUCAGUAUUAAACCCACAGCGUUAGUUUUGUUCCGUUAGUUAUUUUUUUUUGGGAAAGAAAAUUUUCUAAAGGUUUCAAAUCAACCAGUGAACGGUUGACGUUUUUUUAGUUCAAAUUGUUUUUGAGUUUUCGGUGCAACACCUACUUAUCAGCUUUAAUCUCCUAGACCUAAGAUGUUCCCCCUCCCUCGAAAAAAAAAAGUUGAAAACAUUCGUUCUUCCAAGGCAGCACCCUGCCGGAAAACCCCGUAGUGCAAUGGGAAUAUGAUUUCCAAAAAAAUAAAAUGGCGUUUCCAUAUUCUUGUUGCAUUACAUCCUCUCUAGAAGAUAUGACAAAAGUGUAAAGUUUUUUAUAUCUGUCGUUUUAAUUUUAGAAGCAUUUUGGCAUAAAGCUGUCGAACUUAAUUUUUUGAUACUCAACUCUCUCGCAAAAUACUUAAUAACGCAGACGAAAACAAAAAAAACACACACACACACAUGAAGUAAUUAUUUGGUUCCUAUCAACGACGGACAAGUUGAGCUAUUUAUAAACAUGAGAGAAAAUCAUCACACUUGCUACUUGACUACUUCGAAAGCAUCAUUUUUACUGUGCUUUUUAUAGAUAAACAAUCAAAAAAGAAAAGUCCUUACGGAACAAAACACUUCCACGCCACUGGGAAGAACUCUAUUUAAAAUGUAACUAACAUUCCAACUUAUUAUACACAAUUGUACGAUUACAAUUUAUAUUAUAUAUUUUUUAAGAAUCGCUAGCUACAUUUUAUAAUUACACUAAAAGCAGCAAGUAAUAUACACUCACCUAUACACUCACAAUAACGCGCAUACUCGAACAUAGUGGAUUAAACAGAAUAAACGCUUUAUGCCUUAUAUUGAAAAAAAUACGAAUCAAAAUACGAAAUCACCCAUGACGAUGCCUUUAUACCAAGAGAAAGAAAAAUCAAACGCUAGUAAAAAAAAAGAGAAACAACACGUAACGUAAAGUUACACACUUAUUGUACUUUUUUUUACACUAAUCUCAAAAAGAUAAAAGAAAACGAGAAAAUUUGUUCCCGUUUUUUUUUUGUUCUGCUGUAAAAAGUUGAUUAAGGCAAACUGUUUAGAUUCUGCCAACUCUUACUUAAGCAAAUCUUUUUUUUUUAAUUAUUUAACACUACACACAAAAAAUAAUACACCCACACACCCACAAUAUACACGCAUCUUACUAUUGUACUCGCUGCUAAUAAACGGGCAAAUACAUAUACAUACACGCAAAUAGAGGAGAGAAAAAAAAACCAACAGCCCAGUAUUUUUCAUACGUACGCGCGCGAACACAUUCGUUCGAUUGAGAGAGGAAGCGAGUGAAUGAAUCUGUCUGUCUGUCUGUGUGUGUGAGAGAGAAAAAAACCUUGAAUGUUACUUGUUAAAUCGCAUCGUUGUUAUUCGCUCGCGUGUCCCAAUAGUAAUCGAAAACAAAAAAAUAAAGCAACUUGCAAUGUAACUAUGUAUUUGGAUGGAAAUGGAAACACAUUACUAUACAAUAAAGACUGAUGUAUAUGUCUUAACUACUUACACUUAACUACUUAAUAUUAACCAACAGUAAUGAAUAAACUCUCUUUGUGACGUAUAAGCAUCCCACAUUCACAUACACAUCCACACACACACUCAACCGGUACACACGCAAUCAGAGUCACACAUGUUUUAUACUGAAAAAAAAUUUAUUAAAACCUUAGGGAGAGAGGCACGCUUCUGAUACUGCAAGCAACACAAUUAAUUGCAAACAAUUGUCAGCAGAAGCACUAUGGGUGGCAAACGAAUCGAACGAACGCUUAGCGUAAACGUGGAUAAAGAAAAGAAAAAAACACUAGGAGCAGAAUCGACAAUAAACCUUCCAACCAAGAGAAAAAAAACCAAGAACAGAAGUGAAGCCACACGGAAAAUCUCCGCGCCCUAAAACACGGACGGCGUGUGUAAAAGGUUUUGUGUGUCCGCCCACCAAAAAAAAAGC